AAGCAGCGGAUAUCAGGAACACCGUGUCAUGUUUGCCGAACCCCUGAGAUUUUUCUCAACCCGCGGUGCUUUAUAGCAGCAUCGGUCCAUUUGUAUGGGUUCCGUUAAGCGUGUAUGCAGACAUGGCAAGGCACACGGUCUUUACGACUUAUGUACUCAGAAAUGUGCCCAUCAGGACAGCUGUCAUAGUCGUAGCCAUGCUUGUCUUCUUUAAAUAUGUGUUCACAUGCCCUUGCACAACUCCCGAGGAAACUCUCCUGCACUGUUGGCUCUACCUGUGCCUGCCAAUAGGCAUACUGUUCUUCGUUAUGAUCCUUAUGGACGCUCGGCUCCUGAAGAUGUGCAGAUGUUACGUAUGCAAAUGUUGCGUGAGCGGCCAGAGCAGAUGCUGUAAGAGUGAGUGCUGCGAUACUUUUGAGUGCUGCUGUUGUGCUGGUGGUUACUGUUAUCACCCAGAGCGUUGUGGACAGGAGGGCUGGUAUUACUGUGGCAUCAUAUGGAAACACCUUCUCAAUGUCUUCUAUGCGGCAUCGCUGUGGAUAGUCGUUGCAUUUAUUGACGGGGAUUGGUACGUUUGCGUGCGGACUGUUAAUGUGAACGGUACCGGGGAGCAAAUUGCGUGCAAGGAUCUACCAACUCCACGAGAAGCAGAGACGCUAAGAAAAUAUGAUAGUGAAUCACGGGUAAUCGGCUUAAUUCUUAUUCUUGGCCUUUCAUUUUUGUUGACGAUAAGCUCAUCUCUCAUGACCCGAUGGAAGCCGUAUUAUAAAUCGCUCUACGAGGUUUAUGUGGAGCGAGAGACUUCAGCCAUUCUGGAGGACAAACUACAUGAAAAAGCUGUAGAGAGAGCCAAGCAUGUCAGUGAGCAUUCACUGAGGAACUUUCAAAAUCCACACACGAACACUACGAGUGAUGCUCGUCAUGUUCAGUAUCAACAGUUAGGGAACGCCGAAGAAGACACGUGGCACAAAAUAUCAGACCCGACCCUACAUUUAACAGAGCUGCCAUAGGAAACUGUAUGCCUGCUACCUGCACCUUGCCAAAGGAAAAGUGUACCACUGUUUUUUUUUUAAUACUCAUAAUUGUGGUUUUAUUUCUGUUUAAUAAUGAGAUGUAAGCAAACUGUUACAAUAUUGCAUUGUGUUGCACAAAUGCUAUAAAUAGUGAAACGUUCAGUAGAACUGCAAAUUAAGAAGCUUUGGAGGUUAGUGUGUGAGGAUACACAACUGUUCAAAAGUUUGAGGUCUGUUUGAUUUCUUUUCUUUGGAAAAAUUAUAUUUUAGUUAAGUACGAAUGCAUCACAUAAAUCAAAAGUGACCAAAACGACAUUUAAAAUGUUACAAAAAAUUUCUGUUUUAAAUAAGUGCUGAUGUUUUGAACUGUAAUCAAAGAAUCCUUUAAAAAAAUAAUGGUUUCCACAGAAAUAAGCAGCGCAGCUGUCUUCAACAUUGAUGAAAAUAAGAAAUGUUUCUUGAGCAUCAAAUCAGCAUAUACAAAUGAAGGAUCAUGUGACACAGAAGACUGGAAUAAUGAUGCUGAAAAUUUAGCUUUGCCAUCACAUGAAAAAAAUUACAUUUUAAAAUCUAUUCAAACAGAAACCAGUUAUUUUAAAUUCUAAUAAUAUUUCACAGUAUUGUAGUGGGAAUUACAGCUACAAUUUUACAAGAGAUCACCCUCAGUCUAAUUCGGCAAAAUGACGGACGGCCUUCAGAUUUUUCUGUCACUCUUAAAAAUAUUCCGUCAAUGACUAAACAUCCUACAAAUAAUCCUAAAAAUAAUUUAUGAUUGUGCACUCGCAGAGUACAGAACUAAAGGGGCCACUCUUGUUUUUUUUUAAACAAAGUUUAAUGUUUACAUUUUUACAAUAUAAAGACUACUGGAAUAGAUUCUUUGACUAAACAGAGCUGGACUGAAGUAGUAAACUGAACACUCAAGUAGUUAUUGCUUUAUUCUUCAACAACUUGAAUAAAUUUGUUUCUAUAAAUCAGGAAUUAAUGUGGCAAGUGUUUUCUUUAAUUUUCUAUAAUUGAUAUAAUCUGUAAUUUUCUAUAAUUGAUUCUGUUAAAAUAAUCUAUUUUUAAAUAAAUAGCCUUUAGAAUUUAAAGCUAUACAUGUGAAUGUUAAUUAUUUGUGAACUUUAUGAUUCACUUCCUUCUCUCUGCACAAUAAUAUUCUUCAGUUAACAGCUUAAAAUAUGAGGCUAAUGGGCACAUUGGUGUUGUGCAUGACUUGCAUCUGCUGAAACACAACUGCUGGGGUUCAUUCAGUUCAGUCUCUUUUUAGAAAUAUCGGUGAAGUAGGUAGGUGUAAUUAGGUAGAUUAGAUAUAAGUAUGUUGUUUGUGGGCUUUAUUAUAUGUGACCUUGGACCACAAAACCAGUCAUAAGGGUCAAUUUCUUGAAACUGAGAUGAAUAAAUAAGCUUUCCAUUGAUGUAUGCUUUGCUAGGAUAGGAAAAUAUUUGGCAGAGAUACAAAUAUUUGAAAAUCUGGAAUCUGAGGGUGCAAAAAAGCAAAAUCUUGAGAAAAAUCUUGAGUUCUUAGCAAUGCAUAUUACUAAUCAAAAAUUAAGUUUUGAUAUAUUCACAGUAGGAAAUUUACAAAAUAUAUUCCUGGAACAUGAUCUUUACGUAAUAUCCUAAUGAUUUUUGUCAUAAAAGAAACCCCAUACAAUGUAUUUUUGGCUAUUGCUACAAAUAUACCUGUGCUACUGGUUUUGCGGUCAAGAAUCACAUUUGUAUUAUAGCGUGAUCAUAUUGUAUUUUCAUGAACCACAUGUUAUGUUUGCUUUAAUAUGAAUAAACGUUGAUAUUUGGUAUCCCAGCCCAUGAAUAUUGUAGUAUUG